AUGGCUUCCCAUUUCCGGAGACUCGCCUUUGUCUGCUUUCUGCUCGGGUUACAACCUUCUCGGCCUGCAGUCUUCAUAAACCAGGAGGAUGCCAACAGCAUCUUACACAGGCAAAGGCGAGCCAACUCAUUCUGGGAAGAGCUGAGGUCCGGGUCACUGGAAAGGGAAUGCAACGAGGAACAGUGCUCAUUUGAGGAAGCCAGGGAGAUCUUCAAGAGCACCGAGAGGACCAAGCAGUUCUGGGUUACUUACAAUGAUGGAAACCAGUGCGCUUCAGAUCCCUGCCAGAAUGGAGGUUCCUGUGAGGACCAGCUCCAGUCUUAUAUCUGCUUCUGCCCUCAAGGUUUUGAGGGUCGGAACUGUGAGACAAACAAAAACAGUCAGCUGAUCUGUGUGAAUGACAACGGAGGCUGUGAGCAAUACUGCAGCGACAACACAGACACCAAACGGUCCUGCCAGUGUCACGAUGGCUACACGCUCAUGGAAGAUGAAGUAUCGUGUGUGCCCUCAGUUGAAUAUCCGUGUGGAAAAAUACCUAUUCUGGAAAAAAGAAAUGGCAGCCACCCCCAAGGCCGAAUUGUAGGUGGCAAGUUGUGUCCCAGAGGAGAAUGCCCGUGGCAGGCUGUGAUAAAGCUGAAUGGAGCUCUGCAAUGUGGGGGAGCGCUGCUGGAAGCCAUGUGGGUCAUCACUGCCGCCCAUUGUUUUGACAAACUCAGCCUAAGAAACUGGAAGACUCUGACAGUGGUUUUGGGUGAGCAUGACCUUAGUGAAGAGGAAGGCAGUGAACAGGAACGGCAAAUUGCUCAAAUCAUAAUCCCUGACAAGUACAUUCAAGGCAAAACCAAUCAUGACAUCGCUCUGCUCCGUCUGAGGAUGCCAGUGAACUUCACUGACUACAUAGUACCCCUGUGCUUGCCGUACAAGGAAUUCUCUGAGAACACACUGGCCUACAUACGGUUCUCCUCCGUGAGUGGCUGGGGUCAGCUUCUUGACAGGGGCUCCACAGCUCUUGAGCUCAUGACCAUAGAAGUGCCCAGGAUGAUGACCCAGGACUGUAAGAAACAAACAAAAAAGUCAAUCAAUGCCCCAGAGAUAACAGAAAACAUGUUCUGUGCUGGCUACCUGGAUGGGACCAAGGAUGCCUGCAAGGGAGACAGUGGAGGUCCACAUGUGACCAAAUACCAAAACACAUGGUACUUGACAGGGAUCGUCAGCUGGGGCGAGGGCUGUGCUGCAAUAGGCCACAUUGGGGUAUACACCAGGGUCUCCCAGUAUACUGAAUGGCUGAACAGCGUCAUGGACUCAAAACCAAAACCAGGCCAUCUCCUGCAAGCCCCAUUUCCCUACCCUCAACUUCAGCUCUAG